CCCGCCGCCCAGGGCGCAGCGUCCAGCGCAGAUAUGGACUUUGAGGACGUGGCUGUUGCCUUCUCUGAGGAGGAGUGGGGCCUCCUUGAUGAGGCUCAGAGACUUCUGUACUGCGAUGUGAUGCUGGAAGUGUUUGCACUUGUGUCAUCUAUAGGUUGUUGGCAUGAAACAGAUGAGGAGGCCUGUUCUGAGCAGAGCGUAUCUGUACAAAGAGAGUCACAGGUCAGGGCUUCUGAGACAGAGCCAGCAACCCAGAGGGCCCAUCUGUGUGAACGCUCUUUCUCCAUGAUCAAAGACAUUCUGCACCUGACUGAGUCACAAGCAGCAGACUUUGAGCAGAAAGCCUUCUUCAGUGACGUAUGUGUGAGACACUUCUGUUUCAGUGCAAAUCCUCACCUGCAACAGAGGGAAGCCAGUCUAGAGAAGCCCUGGAAAGAAGCUGUGGACAGGGCCUCGUUUGUGACCAGGUGCAGCUUCCGAUCUUGGGUGCCUUCAACCAAUACAAAGGUUGGGAAAGUCUCCCCAAGCAUCUCAGGGCUUCUCCAGCACCAGGCCCCUCUCAGCACUGGGGAGCCACACAGUGCACGUGAGAUUUUACAGGAAUUAGUCAGUGGAAAAAAUCAUCACAAUUGGGGUGGACAUGAAAACGCUGCCACCAACAGCGGGAAAGUCAUUCGACAUCAGAGUGUCUGCUCUGAAGAAGUGAAUAAUGAGGGUAACAAAUGUGGGAAAGUUUCUAGACAUACAUUUAACCUCAAUCAACAUAGGAGAGUUAACGUUAGAGAAAAGUCCUAUGGGUGUACUGAUUGUGGGAAGUUCUUUAGAAAAAGCUCUACCCUCAUUCAACACCGGAGAGUUCAUACUGGUGAAAAGCCCUAUGUGUGUGGUGAUUGUGGGAAGUCAUUCAGUCAAAAGUGUAGCCUCAACAGUCACCGGAGAACUCACACUGGUGAAAAGCCCUAUGUGUGUGGUGAUUGUGGGAAGUCAUUCAGCCAAAAGAGUGACCUCACCAGUCACCGGAGAACUCACACAGGUGAAAAGCCCUAUGUGUGUGCUGGUUGUGGGAAGUCAUUCAGCCAAAAGAGUAACCUCACCAGUCACCGGAGAACUCACACUGGUGAAAAGCCUUAUGUGUGUGGUGGUUGUGGGAAGUCAUUCACCCAAAAGAGUAACCUCAUCAGUCACCGGAGAACUCACACUGGUGAAAAGCCCUAUGUGUGUGAUGAUUGUGGGAAGUCAUUCAGUCAAAAGGAUGGCCUCAUCAGUCACCGGAGGACUCACACUGGUGAAAAGCCCUAUGUGUGUGGUGGUUGUGGGAAGUCAUUCAGCCAAAAGCGUAGCCUCAACAGUCACCAGAGAGUGGACACUGGUGAAAAGCCCUAUGUGUGUGGUGAUUGUGGGAAGUCAUUCAGUCAAAAGUGUAGCCUCAACAGUCACCGGAGAACUCACACAGGUGAAAAGCCCUAUGUGUGUGGUGAUUGUGGAAAGUCAUUCAGUCAAAAAUGUAGCCUCAACAGUCACCAGAGAGUGCACACUGGUACAAAGCCGUAUGAGUGUAGUGAAUGUGGGGAAUCAUUUUGCUCUAGUCACCAUCACCUUAAGAGAAUUCACACUGGAGAAAAGCCAUAUCAGUGUACUGAUUGUGGGAAGUCAUUCAGGAAACGCUGUAACCUUAUCCGACAUCGCAGAGAUCACUUUGGAGAGAAGCCUAAUGAGUGUAGUGAUACUGGGAAAUCAUACCGGUAAACCGCUGCUCUCACACAUCAUCAGAGGGUUCACACUGGAGAAACGCCAUAUGAGGGUGGUGAUUGUGGGAACUCCUUCAGCCAAAGCUCUAUGCUCAUGGGCCACAACAGAACCCUGUUAUUAGACACCUGUCUGUUUUCCUUCCAGCCCUGCCUUUUAUUGCCUCUACAAUCAGGCAGUUCACAUUGAGUCUCUGAGCCUGGUUUCCUCCCCAGGAAAUAGAUGAUUAAGCCAUGUCAGGUUGCGGAGAGGAUUAAAUGAUAUAAUUCUUGUGAAGCAUUGAAUCCAGGGCCUGACAGGUGCAGUGAACAUUGAGUAACUUAGCUCCAUAGCUUCACAAUGUGUGCUGACUGCAGAUACG